GUGGUGGAAUGUAGUUGCCAUUUGUGGGAGUUGGGGCUGGCUAACAGUUAGCCUGCUAUGUUGAGUCUGAGCUGCAGACGCAGAGGAAAGUGAUGAAAACAUGCCUCAUUUCACAGUGGUGCCAGUGAAGGACCAAGCUCAAUCCAGCUAUGACAGUCUGGAGGGGAUUAACUGGGUGGAUUACAGGGACACUGGACAGGAAAACCAUGAUUAUCAAGACACUGUCAGCUCUGAUGGACAUGGAAACCACAGUGAGAAUAGUCCAUUUAUCAACAAUGCUGAUGCUGCUGGCAAGAAGAGUGACUUCUAUGACAGGAACCUGGCAUUGUUUGAGGAAGAGCUGGACAGCCGACCAAAGGUCUCGUCCUUUCUUAGCCGCUUGGUCAACUACACCAACAUCACCCAGGGAGCAAAGGAGCAUGAGGAGGAGGAGAGCACUGAGGCUUCACACAGGGAGACCCCCAAGUCACCCAACAUGGGCACUCUGAUGGGAGUCUACUUACCGUGUCUCCAGAACAUCUUUGGCGUCAUUCUUUUCCUCCGACUGACAUGGAUCGUUGGGAUGGCUGGCAUCAUGCAGUCCCUGCUGAUUGUUCUCAUGUGCUGCUCUUGUACAAUGCUCACUGCCAUAUCAAUGAGUGCCAUUGCUACUAAUGGCGUUGUCCCAGCUGGAGGGUCAUAUUUCAUGAUUUCACGCUCCCUUGGCCCAGAAUUUGGAGGCGCUGUGGGACUCUGCUUCUAUUUAGGAACCACCUUCGCUUCUGCCAUGUACAUUCUUGGUGCCAUUGAAAUUCUUCUGAAAUAUCUGGUCCCUCAGGCAGCCAUCUUUCAUGCCACGGACACACUCGGGAGUGACACUGCCAUGCUGAACAACAUGCGUGUGUACGGCACUCUCUGCCUCACACUGAUGGCUGUGGUGGUUUUCGUCGGAGUCAAAUAUGUCAACAAGCUGGCCUCUCUUUUCUUGGCAUGCGUCAUUAUCUCUAUUGUCUCGAUCUACAUUGGGGCAAUCAAGUCGGUGGCUCAUCCGCCAGAAUUCCCGAUCUGCAUGGUAGGCAACAGGACUUUGGUGAGAGAUCUCUUUGACGUGUGCGCUAAGACUGUGACGGAGGGAAACAUCACUGUGCCCAGUCAGCUGUGGCACAGGUUCUGCCUGCCAGGGAACAUGAGCAGCGCUCAGUGCGAUGAGUUUUUCCUCCAAAACAAUGUGACAGAGAUACAAGCCAUCCCUGGUCUGGGUAGUGGGAUUAUGAGAGAAAACAUGUGGGGCAACUACCUGCAGAGAGGAGAGAUCCUGCAAAAAGCAGGGCUACCGUCAGUAGAUGUCCAUGGCACCAUGGAAAACUUUGGCAUGUACGUGUCAGCUGACAUCGCGACAUCCUUCACACUUCUGGUGGGGAUCUUCUUCCCGUCGUCCACAGGUAUCAUGGCGGGCUCCAACAGAUCUGGUGAUCUCCGGGAUGCACAGAAGUCCAUUCCUGUGGGAACUAUUUUAGCUAUAACCACAACUUCUCUUGUUUAUUUCAGUUCUGUAGUCCUGUUUGGGUCUUGCAUUGAGGGCGUGGUUCUCAGAGACAAGUUCGGUGAUGCCGUCAGCAAGAACUUGGUAGUGGGGACUCUCUCGUGGCCAUCACCGUGGGUUAUUGUCAUUGGCUCCUUCUUCUCUACAGUUGGAGCAGGCCUGCAGUCACUUACUGGAGCUCCACGACUUCUACAGGCUGUUGCCAAAGACAACAUCAUUCCUUUCCUAAGGGUUUUUGGACAUGGAAAGGCCAAUGGAGAGCCUACAUGGGCACUGCUACUGACUGGUCUUAUUGCAGAGCUGGGUAUCCUUAUUGCCUCGCUGGAUAUGGUUGCUCCUAUUCUUUCUAUGUUCUUCUUGAUGUGCUAUCUCUUUGUGAACUUAGCCUGUGCAGUUCAGACUCUUUUACACACACCAAACUGGAGGCCAAGGUUUAAAUAUUACCAUUGGGCUUUAUCUUUCCUUGGUAUGAGUAUGUGUCUGGCUCUUAUGUUCAUCUCCUCCUGGUAUUACGCUAUUGUGGCCAUGUGUAUUGCUGGGAUGAUCUACAAAUACAUUGAGUACCAGGGAGCGGAGAAGGAGUGGGGAGAUGGGAUAAGAGGACUGUCCCUCAGUGCUGCACGCUAUGCCCUGCUGAGACUAGAGAUCGGACCCCCUCACACCAAAAACUGGAGACCACAGCUGCUGGUGCUGCUAAAGCUGGAUGAGGACCUCCAUGUAAAAUACCCCCGGCUGCUUACUUUUGCUUCACAGCUGAAGGCAGGAAAGGGUCUUACCAUUGUGGGCACUGUCAUACAGGGAAACUUCCUGGACAGCUUUGGGGAGAUGCAGGCAGCUGAACAGGCCAUCAAGAACAUGAUGGAAAUAGAACGGGUAAAGGGUUUCUGUCAGGUCAUGGUGGCGUCUAAGGUGCAUGAGGGCAUCGUUCAUCUGAUCCAGUCCUGUGGUCUAGGAGGCAUGAAGCACAAUACUGUGGUAAUGGGCUGGCCGUAUGGCUGGAGACAGAGUGAGGACCCUCGUGCCUGGAGGACUUUCAUCAACACAGUCCGCUGCACCACAGCCGCCCACCUGGCCCUGAUGGUGCCCAAAAAUGUGUCUCUCUACCCGAGCAACCACGAACGCUUCACAGAUGGCACCAUUGAUGUGUGGUGGAUCGUCCACGAUGGGGGGAUGCUGAUGCUUCUGCCUUUCCUGCUUAAACAACACAAGGUGUGGAGGAAAUGUAAGAUGCGCAUCUUCACUGUAGCCCAGAUGGAUGACAACAGUAUCCAGAUGAAAAAGGACUUGGCCUUGUUCCUUUAUCAGCUGAGAAUAGAGGCUGAGGUGGAGGUGGUGGAGAUGUGUGACAGUGACAUCUCAGCGUACACCUAUGAGCGGACUUUAAUGAUGGAGCAGAGGUCCCAGAUGUUGAUGCAAAUGAGGCUGUCCAGUGCCGAAAGAAAAAGAGAGGCCCAGCUGGUUAAGGACAAACAUUCUAUGGGAAGUCUAUACUCCGUUGCGGAGGAGGAGGUUGUGGAGGCUUCUCCACAGAAGGAUAAGAUGACAUGGACAAGAGAGAAGUGGGAAGCAGAGAGGAGGAACAAGAACGCUGCCCCUCAGAACUUCAAAGAACUCAUGAGCCUCAGGCCGGAUCAGUCCAAUGUGCGACGAAUGCAUACGGCUGUGAAGCUCAACGAGGCCAUAGUUAACAGGUCCCACGACGCUCGGUUAGUGCUGCUCAACAUGCCGGGACCACCGCGGAACACAGACGGCGACGAGAACUAUAUGGAGUUUUUGGAGGUUUUGACUGAAGGCUUGGAAAGAGUGCUGCUGGUGAGAGGUGGUGGUCGGGAGGUCAUCACUAUCUACUCAUGACCAACUAUGACAACGUAUUCCACUUGGACACAAGAUAGGUCCUGCUCUGCCGCCACAACUGUUAUUAUAAGCAAAUAUUUUGGAAGUAUAAACCUUUGAGAACAAAAUAAGUUCUUUCUAUUCUUGUAGAAUAUUGGGACACUUAAGUGUACAUAUAUGUCUGAUGUGCCCACGGCUUCGCCAUUCUUUGCAUAGAAAACGAUUUUUUUUUCUCUUUCAGAAAAAUCUGUAUUUUUGUCUAACAUAAAGUUUAGGUCCACAUUUUUUACAUAUUUAUUGGUAGACAAAUUACCUCGUCAUAUGUGGGUGGAAACAAUCUAUAUUUAAUGGUGUAGCAGACCAAGUGCCCUGUUUAUUGUAACGGUUUUAUAGUGUUUCACAUUUUCUCUUCUUAAACUGCCUCUUGAUUACUUUGGAAGCACAUCUCUAUUUAUUUAUUUAUUUUCUUCCGACAACUCCCCACACAGAGGUAAAACAAAAUAUCACUCUAAAUAUAAAUAAUAACGAGGGUACAUUUCUGGACACAUUUGUAAAUAUGGAAGCCCGAGAUCAUGAGCAAGAUUAGAAUUAGUGAUAGGUUAUUAGUUUUGGAGGGAUUUUCCAUUUCACGCGGCCACCACCCUUUGGGUGGAGACAUAACUGUGUGAGGCAGCAGGCAAUUGCAGGGCAAAGCUAGACAUGCCGACACUUGGCUGCAGAGACUGGCGCUUUUCGAUGUUGAAUCGCACCAUGCUGGCAAAGAAGGAACCGGAGCUGCUGCAGGAGAUGAAGCAAUAACAGUUAAAAAUACAGUAGUUGGGCUCACCUCAUGCACGGACUUGGCUCUGGAGCCAAACUCCUGUAGAAGGAGUUGGACUCUCCCUUUCCAGAGUUACACAGGGUGAAAGGUGCCGAUGGGUGUGGAGACACUGUGUAAGGUCGCCUCCAUGUGACGUAGCAUCAGUAAUUGUACUUAAACAAUGUAGAAGUAAGUGACUGCAGUGACAAGGAACAGACAGAAACAAAGUUUUGCUUUUACUUUCUUAUCCAACAUGAUCCCCUUCUAAACAUACAUAGGAAUAAAUAUUUACAUACGCACAUAUCCAUGCACUGUAUGUACACGUGCACAUAAUGCAUGCCACAACACAUAGUUUUUGAAAGUCAAAAAUUGAGCUGUACAUUUUUAAAUUUAUAUUUGUACUAUUUCAUACUGUAACUCCAACAACAGAAAUGCAUCUGCUUUAUUUGGCCUUUUGUACAAUAAAUCCCUGAAAUCAUA